AUGAACCCAGACUGUGUGCAGCGUAUGAGCAUGACCGAAGGUAUCGAGCGAGGGCACUCCAGUGUAGGUGAGCUGGUCUUCGGAGACUGCAUGCUUCCUGCCUUCUCGAUUGCCGAUACUGCCUUGACUUGCAAGUCGCUGACCGAGCUGGAUGUAAGGUGGGCUGAGGGUCCCUUCUACCACUUUUUCAUCUUUUCGGAUCUCUGCAGCGGACUCGCAAGUCACAAGAGGUCGCUAGGGAGACUUGUUCUAGAUGUUAGCAAGGUGAAGUACUACAACUGGCAAUUCACUAGAGGAAGCGACACGGUCUCUCUGAGCGAAAGUCUGGGUCGACCUUCACCAGGUCAGGAAAUCAAUAACGAGCUACCUUCGUACGAGGGCAUCGGCUCCUUGAAGGACUUCUCACAGCUUCGGCAUCUAGAGAUCUCUGUAUGCCUUUUCGGCAUGGUCGAUUCGGUGGAUAGCAUUAAAGAGAUGAUGCCGGAGUCACUUGAUUCACUGGUUUUUCUGGGACCAUUACAGUAUGGACAGCCUAGCAUUGAGGAACUUGUUCAGGGGAUAGAAGGUGCCAAGAUACGAUCUGGGUGA